AAGGGAAGCAUGCGCAGGUUCUGAAUUUACUUUGAAUGUUAUACUAAUAUAUGGUCUGAAGCAAUAUUCAGAUGAGAAUUAAGUAAUAUGUGAUCAUCUUGGUUGGCAUUGAUGUUGCAGGAGUUUAUAUGAAGUGUAUCAUUGUCCUCUAGCUCAGAAACCUAUAUGGUUUAAUAAAAUAUUCUGGCAUUCCCUUUGGGAAGAUUGGAAAGUUUUCUCAUAUAUUUUUGGAGAGCUUGCUUAUGGAUAUUCUGAAAUUAGUCAGUAUACUAUAGAACUCAAGACAAUAUUUUAAUGUCCUUACAAUUGAUAAUGUUCCAUUGCACCAGUACCACAACUGAUGUUUUUGAUUUGCACAUUUUCUUUUCUCUUGUCAGUUUAUUUUCACUUCUAAAUAGUUAUGUUUUCUUCGUUCAUUUCAACCAGGAAGAAAAGGCAGUUCAUAAGACCACAACUACGGAUGACAAAAGGCUCCAGAGCACUUUGAAAAGAAUCGGGGUAAAUGCUAUCCCUGCUAUAGAAGAAGUUAACAUAUUUAAAGAUGAUGUUGUUAUCCAGUUUGUGAAUCCCAAAGUGCAAGCUUCAAUUGCGGCCAAUACAUGGGUGGUUAGCGGUUCUCCUCAGAUGAAAAAGCUUCAAGAUAUGCUACCAACGAUCAUCAGCCAGCUGGGUCCUGAUAACAUAGACAACCUGAGGCGGCUUGCAGAGCAGUUACAGAAGCAAGCACCAGGUGCUGGUUCUAGUGCUGGUGCGGCUGCUCAGAAUGAUGACGAUGGUGAUGUCCCUGAACUUGUGCCUGGAGAGACAUUUGAAGAGGCUGCUGAUAAGAAAGAAACUUCAUAGUGGCUAUAGACCUGAUAAGAGUUUCCCCCUCACCCCUUCUUAGACCAUUCUUGUCUGUUUCUCUUGCUCUUUAUGCUAAAUAACCAGCGCGUCAAUCGUCCUAUUUACAAAAUACUUGGGUUUGAAUCUAUCCAUUUUUCAUUUUCUUUUGUGUGUAUGACAUUCGUCUAAAUGACAAAUUGCUCAAGGUUCUCUUUCACUCUUCUUCUUCACAAGGAUCAAUCACUUAUUAGUCCAUGUAAUCUGACGCUAUUAUAAUAGAUCAAGAUCAGGACAUCAA